GCCGUGAUGCGUUUUUUCCUGGCAGCAGCGGCAGCAGGAGCAGUGAAAGAAAGCAGGGUGAGCAUUCGAGUAGGUACAUAGUAAAUCGUUGUCCUGACUUUGCGCGAAGGGGAGACGAGCAACCAGGCGGUUCGAGACCCCCUUAGCAGCCGUUGAGAUGAAAAGAGGUUCCCCCUUGACUCGUAACCGAUCGUCCGGACCGCUCAGAAAUGGAGUGGGUGGCCGUGCAGCCCCUCUUCCCACUGUUUCGGGAUGGGAUGGGAUGGGUCAAACUCUGUCGACACCGCCAAUCAGAGGCUCUAUUCCCAUCCACAUCGCAAUCGCGCGUGCCGAGGCCUGUCAGCUUUUGGCCGCCCAACCCCCAAACAGGUCAUCUCUGGCGAGAGAACCUGAUGAACAGACGACCGACGAGAGCUGCCCGCUGGCUCGAAGCGUCACCGUUUGUUUGGCGCCGGUUCAGAGCCACAAACUCUCCCAGAGCUGGGAACAAUACCCGCCAAGCCAAGCCCGGUGGCAUCGGAUAUAUAUCAAUAACAGGAUCCCAUCCUCUGCUUUGUCGUCUCCGGUCGCUCGCUGGACAUGCCUCCGUAGACUCUGCGUGCACUCUAUCUCACACCGGCCGUGGUCGUAUUGUCCCGCAGUUGCGCAGCAAAAAUAGAAAUCCCCGUCUCACGGCAGAGCGCCGCUGGCCGUGCAAACCCUUCCCCCACGCGAGAGCCUGCAGUCGCGGAGAGAGCGCAAUUCAGGCAAAAUGCGAACCUGGUCGCGGACAAUAUCAUCAGCCUCCUGCUGCUCCUCGCCGGCCUGGCUCCGUGGUCAUUUGUAUUCCCAGGGACUGGGCUCCUCAUCAGCCUGCCUGUGGCGCAACCAUCUGGGGUUCGACCGUCCAUUCCGACGCGCUGGCCCUUCUCGCUUGUUUUGCCCGUUUCCAGCACACCCGGACCCAGUCGACUGGGGCAGCGUUGGACUCCGACCAAAGCGAGGAACGGCUCGCCGCCAGCAAGCCAUCAAGCACGCACAUGCAACCCGAGUCAGCGCCCUGCAACACCUGCGUCUCUGAACCCUUUGCACGGUAAGUAGACGUAUCGACCGCUUGGGAUACAUUGCUCGAAUGGGCGUCUCCUGCAGUACCGCCUCGUGGUCGUCCUCGAAUUUCCCACAAAGGCCCCAUUCCUCUUCGGGCCCGGACCAAACGUUGGCUUUGCUCCAAGAGAGCCAAAUGAGGACUGAGCCCUUGGCGGGACCCCCUGAGCCUCUGCGGACACUACCGCUGGUAGCGCUGCCAUAAAAUAAUCACCAACCCAGCAGUCUGUGCUGUUGCCGACACCUGGGCAGGGAAGUUCGCAAUAGCUGCUGCGAAGGGGAUAGCGUCUCGUGACCAAAAUGGCUUCCGAUG